GUUUCGUUUUCGUUGCUGGGGCACGGGAAUGAGGAUUUGGAGAAAUAUUAUUUAUCACUGCUUAGAAUUAGAAAAUUCCCCAUUGGAGAUUAAGUAUUAAAGUUGAGUGUCAAUAAUUAUGUUUAGUUUAAUGUUUCGACUAGCAUUAAGGACUAGAAGGACAGUGUCGAAGUGUAAGUGAAGUGUUUGCGGGAUGAUUGUUAUCAAAUCUAUGUGAAUUCUACACAAAUCAUGUGAAUUAUUGUAAACAGUGUCUAAUUAUAGCCAAAGACGUUAUGACCCUCGUUUGUGUUCAGUGAAUAAACUACAUUAUUUAAAAAUGAAUGAGAAGAAAACGGAGAAAACCUUCAAGAGCUACAUCAAUGUAUCUCCAUCAAAGAAUAAUGGGGACAGAAAUGGAUCUGUUCAAGAAGUGAAACCCAAACUGUUAAAUGGUGAGCUGAUAGUAGGAGCAGCGCACAGCGUGGUGCUUCUCGCGCCGCUCAGCGACCGCGACCACGGCCGCUUCGGAUCGCUGUUCGUCACCAACUACAAGCUCGCGUUUGUGCCGCUCGAGAAGUCAGUCGACGAUGAAUGCAGCCAACGCAACCACCUCCUCGGUCCAUACGAAGCGGCGCUCACAAGCGUGGGUGCCGUGUGGCUCACGGACGGCGGGCCGGUGCGGCGGCGGCGGCUACUGCCCAAGGGAGACAUGCCGGGGAAGGUUAAAGGACUACAAGUUAUAUGCAAGAACAUGAAAGUCCUAACCUUCAGUUUCGCCAACUCUCCAAUCGGCCAGGGCCGGAAAGUGGCCAUGGCGCUCAUCCACCACGCCUUCCCGAAGCGACACGACCUCCUCUUCGCCUUCGAGUACAAGGAGCCUUACUACCCCACUCUCCCCUCCGAUCUAAACAUGUUCAUACGACCGGCGGACUGGAAGAGAGAGUUGGAGAGAUGUGAAUGCCCUCAUUGGAGGAUAACUUGUAUAAACGGGACGUCGGACGCUUUUAUGUUGACGGCGGGAGAGACGUUGAUUGUGCCUAGUUCUGUGCUGGAUUAUAAUCUCAUGGAGAGCGCGAGGCAUUUCAGAUCAGGACGGGUGCCUGUGUGGGUGUGGGGGCGGAGCGCUGGAGCCGCGUUGCUACGGAGCGCAGAACUACUACCCACUGACCAGGCCGCUACCGCAGAAAGCGUCUUACUAGAACAGGUCCGAAGGUCCCACCCAAAGCUGACUCCGCCACACGUGAUAUACCUAUGCGGAAACAGCUUUCAACAAGCAAGCAACGCCGCAAAUCCGAACACCGCUUUAACUCCGCUACCAACAUUAGGGGCGCUGCAGGCUUCCUACAAGAAACUAGUCGACUUGUGCACGCCGACGACGUUAGGCGGAUUCUGGGUACAAGAUUCACAAUACUACUCGCUAAUGGAGGCGAGCCGGUGGCUGCGCCACGUUGGCAGCUGCGUGGCGUUCGCAGACUCGGCCGCCAAGCACCUCGCGGACAACGUGACGGUCGUACUGCAGGAGGGCGAUGGAGUGGACUACUCUGCCGUGGUAUCGUGCCUCACGCAGUUGCUUCUGGACCCGCACUUCCGAACCAUAUCGGGCUUCCAGUCGCUCAUACAGAAGGAGUGGGUGGCGUUAGGACACCCGUUCUGCGACAGGUUCGGCCUACCCCGGCCCGGCAACCCCAAAGACUCCAAAGACACCUCCGCCGCGCAGACAGCGCCGGUCUUUCUGCUCUUCCUAGACUGCACGUGGCAGCUCCUGCAGCAGUUCCCCGACCGGUUCCAGUUCUCGGAGACGUACCUCACCACGCUGUGGGACUGCGCGCACAACCACCUCUUCGACACCUUCCUCUUCAACUGCCCGAGGGACCGCGAGCUCGCCGUCGCUAAGAAUUUCGUCCAAAGGCCGGUCUGGGAUUGGGGCGAGCAGUUCUCAGAGAAAGACAAGGCCCUAUUCUACAAUCCCCUCUACAUGUCAGAUAAACCUGUUACACCAAAGCAAAGAAUAUCAACCUCGUCAAUGCCCGGAAAGCCGUCCGAACUACAGCGGUUAGAACCUUGUACGUCCGUGGCUGGUAUGGAGCUGUGGUCGCAAUGCUACGAGCGGUGGCUAUUACCGCUAGACGCGCCGUACGCGGGCCCCGUGCAGUACCACGUGUUCAACUAUUCUGUUUUAAACGAGAUACAACUACUAAACGAGAAGCUGUCUUCUCUUUCAAUAAUGAGUAACCGCCAGUCCAACGGAGACUGGGCCGAGCCGACGCGGCCCGCAGCUGUCUCGCGGUUCUUCCCCUUCAGCGUGGCGCGCGGCAACUCGCGCAGCACGCUCGACUGUAUGCAGGUGAGCCUCAUCGAUGCUUCGCAGCUCCUGGAUUCCCAGUCUCUUCUGAACGCCCCAGACUAACCCCCAAAAUAUAUGUAAGUCAAUACAAAAUGCGCUUUAUGAAUACAUUUCCAUGAUUGAGGAACAUAUGAGCGAAAGAUAGAGGAUGUCAUUAUGCAAUAUUCAACAUAAUGUUAACUUAUUAGUUACUGGUUUUAAACCUUACAUGAGAACUUAUGUUAGUAAUUUAUACUCUAACGGUCAAUGUACUAACAUUAUGUUUUAAACUAUCCGUAUUGUAAUUACGAUAUAGUACUCCUUGAAAAAAAAUGGUAAAAUGUAAAAUUACAUGUCCAUCCAUUACAAUGAUCAAAAUCAUUUUCCAGUAGGUAUCAGUAUGAAGGCGCCAUUUCAGUUAGUAUUACUAUUUUUUGGAGCUGCAGCUGGAAAAAAAAAUAUUUUGUUGAAAUAUAUAUAUACAAUUGGCCGCUAGUUAUGCAGAAAUUAAAUGACGCCAUUAUUGUACAUCAUAAUUAUUUAUGACAAUACAGAAUGCGUAGAUUUAAAAUAAGUUUAAUGUUGGUUACUUUCUGCAUAACUGCAGUUAAUAUUAUGCUAUACUUAUAGAACAAAUAGUUUGAUUUUGUGAACGUAUUUGUAUUUUAGCCAUUUUAUUGUAUAUUGAUAGGAGAAUACUUAUAGAAAUAAUUUAACGAAGUGUAUGUGUAUUUUUUUAGCAGAGACGUAGGUACAUACAGCAAGGAGUGUAAAUAAUAAAGUGAACUGUCAUAUCAGUACAGAGCAAACUCUAACAUGUUCUAUGGGUAGGUACCUUAGCUAUCCAUACUUAUAUAAUAUUAUAAACGGGAAAGUGUGUGUGUCUGUUUCUUUGUCCGUCUUUCACGGCAAAACGGAGCGACGAUUUUUUAGGUGGAGAUAGUUGAAGGGAUGGAGAGUGACAUAGGCUACCUUUUGUCUCUUUCUAACGCGAGCGAAGCCGCGGGAAAAAGCUAGUGGUUUAUAUAAAUAUCGCAAGUGUGAAUUAUUUUUUUAAGUUAUCUUAAGCGAUGAAUUGAUUAAAAUUAUAAUAUUCCAUUGAACAAAAUAGUGAUAUUUUUAUAAUUGUGAAAUGGUAGUGUGUAGCCAUUGUUUUCUUACAUUUAAACAUAGAUAAAUAAUAAAGAGACUUAUUGAAUGUAUUUAAAUAAAGCCAAAAGUGGCUCUAAGUAUUUCAUGAUGCAUACUUUUUCUGCCAACGCUAUAAAAAAUAAAAACGAUAUGUUUUUAUUUAGGUUUUGAUACCCCUUAAUUUUAAAAAAAAUCUGUGAACCUAGACAGCUUCAAUGUAUGAUUCGGUCAAGGUUAUUUUAAUGCGAUUUAUCAAACCAUUUGAAAAACCUACAUGUAUUUUUUGUAUCGUUAGAACGUGUACUGUAGUGUUUUUAAUAUAUCUGUUACCAUUUAAUGUAUUAUUUGUAUUUUAAUAUAUUAAUGAAAACCAAAAUGAUCGUAAAAUACAUUACGUUGUGAAUUCGGCAGCUACCGUGUGAUUCCCGACGUUAAAUAGCGUUUUCAAUGGAAAAAAAUUAAAUCCCUAUAUGUAUAGGUACCUACUAACAGUUCUUUAGUAGAUAUGUUUUUUUUUUUAAUUACAUAAAUUUUCCAUUAAAGCCUUAUCCACGAAAUAUGAUUAUUUAUAAAUACAAACAUACGCAUUCAAUAUGAUUUAUUUAUUCUUAGUAAUAAUAAAUCAAAAGCCUUCAUUAAAUAUUUAUUGAAAAGAACAACAGACAGGUCUGUGUUUGCUUAAAUCUUUUAUUUUAUUACUAAACAAUUAAAAAUAUUCGAUGGAGACCGGUAUGGCCUGCUGACUAUUGAGAAAUUUCCUUUUAAAAGAGCUUAUUUCUCUUAACAACAUAGAAAAAAUAUGAAAAAUACGCCCUUUUGAAAAGACUCCUCUAUUCCAAAACGGGUGAAUUGGGCUCCAUGUCAACAACAUUAAACUGUAUUUUUAAAUGUAGUUAUUUAACAUAUAAUAUAUUAUUUAAUUUACUUACUUUAAUAGUAAUGGCAGCUCUUGGACUGAUGAUGACUUCCUCGAGGUUUGAUCGCGAAACCGCGCACAUUAGGUGUAAAUAAAUACGCAAUGUAUUGAAACUCGCAUGUGAGUUGUCGCAGUGUAAAUGAGCCCUUAUAGUACCGGAAAAUGUAAGGGCAAAGGGAUUUCCACCAAAGCUAUGCGAGGUACCGUCGGUUUUCGCUUCCGUUGCUCGCUCACAUAUUUCUCUUGUUUUGCCUCGCAAACAACGAAGAUAGAUAAGAUAGGCAAUCACAUCCAUCGUUACGCAUUCCCACAGCUUUUGGCCGCUCUAUGGUUUCAGCGAUCUCUCCUCGACUCUAACUUGGCUAUACUUGUACCGACAACCAUUUUAAUUUCAUUAGUUUACUGCUUCAACGAUUUUAAGUAAUGAGGCGGUUCUACACAUAAUAAGUUUGAUAGGAAAUAGGCUUCGCACGAGCCACGACUACACAGGCUCGGCAUUUUCUGUGCGAGGUCGCUUGGUAUGUGUGCAGCUGCCUUUACAACAUAUUUUCUUUCGAAAACAUCGAUGUACAGGUACAAAUUAAGUUACGGAUUGUAAAAAAGUACAUUUAGUCCAGUUCUGAUCGCCAAGUUAGAAACAUAGUUAACCUAGAAUAUAACUUAUUGACUUGUUAUCUGAGUGUAUAAUUGUAUAUUUUGUAGCAUAGUAAGUUGUACGUAAAAUAUUGAUGUAAUAAAUAAUUCUAUCGUCUGUUAUUUAAUAAAAGCAAUAUCAAACUUUGGAUACGAUAGUGCGUGUAACAACAGUAUUUGUACACAGUCCGAAAGAUGUGAUUAUAACUAUGUAGUCUGCAUCGAAUAUAUUAAUUCUAAACAAACUCUUGCGUCUUGGACAACAGAAUCGUGUUAUGUUUAACGCGGUAGAAAGAAAUGAUGUCAACUGCAUAGGCUUCACCUAGAACCUAGGUGGAAUUGAAAUAGUUUAUUUAUAUUUCAAUCUAAAAUAUAUGAUUUUUGCGCUCAAACACCUUACUUUAUUCAGUAACUGAUAAAAAAGAUGCAGUUAUUUAUACGGCAGAUAUAAGAAGGUGGUAAAAAUAUUUAUAAAAUAUAUCGGCAACACUGUUAGCUGUACAUUUACAAUAAUUAUUACAAGGGCAUAAAGUCUACCGAUGGUUAGUUAAGAGUGUUGCUGUUAGUACGUCUUAUUCUAUACAUUUAUGUGUCCCUAUAGUUGGUUACUGAAUGAAGUAAGGCGUGUGAAGAUCUUUAGUAAGGUCAAUAAGCAAGUGGUAAGUGUGUCAUAAGGAAAAGUGUGUCUGGCCCUUAUAAGCCAAUGAUCAGUGUUUAAUAAAAAAAUAAAAUUAAUUUAUUUCAGACAAUUCAAAUCGAUAUCAUAUCAUAUUGAUUUUAUUUUUGAGGGAUCAUAUGGUUUAGAGAGUUUAUAUGUUUAGCACUAAUCGUGAGUAGCAAGUAGCAAAAGUAUGAACUCGCAAAAACACCUGGGACAAUGAGUAAAAAGGUCAAAUGUGAAGGUCAGACACUUUUCUCCUUAUGACACACUUAUCCCUAUUGACCUUAUAAUAUAUUCGAUGCACUACAUAAUUUUCCCGAAGGACCAAUUUGUAUGAAAAGCUAGGUGUAGACUAAUGUUGUGAAGGAGCCCUCGAUACGGUCUGCCAGCCAUGGUGAAACGGUGCCAUUUCCUGCUCGCUCGGUCGACAGUUCCUCCCAGUGCAAAUUGUAAGACGCUCGAGGGUGUCUUUCGCGAUCAAAUGGAAAUAAAAGGAUAUUGUAUGA